AAAAAAAAAAAAUCAAUUGAUGCAUCCUCGAUCUGUAUCACGGAACUGUUAUUUCCUCCAGCUAUCGCGUUAGUACUCGUACGUCAGCAGCAGCUAACGCCUUCUCGUGAUAUGACAUCCCGAAAAGCGGAACAUCUUUCAUGGAUAGAAAAAAGUUCUGUUAUAUUCAGUUAAAACGCACGUCUUCAUCCUUCAACAGUUAAUAUUCUGUCUGGACCAACGCGCUGCUGAUGGAAGGUCUCAGCGCAGCCUGGGUGCCCAGGGAUCCACUGCCUGAGUGUGGGGACAGCAGCGGCCGAGACCCCAGAGACAUGAACCACACGAAGGGAGGUCUGGUCAUCUUCACGGCCAACUCUCACCCCACCAGCCGCGAGCUGAGCAAGAGGAUCGCAGAGCGUUUAGGGGUGGAGCUUGGUAAAGUGCAGGUGUACCAGGAAGCUAACAGAGAGACACGGGUGCAGAUCCAGGAGUCGGUGCGAGGCAAAGAUGUCUUUGUGAUCCAGACUGUGUCCAAGGACGUCAACACCACCAUCAUGGAGAUGCUGAUCAUGGUCUACGCCUGCAAGACCUCGUGUGCCAGGAGCAUCACGGGCGUCCUCCCCUACUUCCCGUACAGCAAGCAGUGCAAGAUGAGGAAGAGAGGCUCCAUCGUCUCCAAACUCAUGGCCUCCAUGAUGUGUAAAGCCGGCCUCACACACCUGAUCACCAUGGACCUCCAUCAGAAAGAGAUUCAAGGAUUCUUCAACAUCCCCGUGGACAACCUGAGAGCCUCGCCGUUCCUGCUGCAGUACAUACAGGAGGAGAUCCCCGACUACAGAAACGCUGUGAUCGUGGCUAAAUCUCCGGCGUCUGCCAAAAGAGCUCAGUCGUUUGCAGAACGCCUGCGUCUGGGCAUCGCGGUGAUCCACGGUGAAGCUCAGGACGCCGAGUCAGACCAGGUGGACGGACGACACUCGCCGCCCACCGCCAAGACGACAGGAGCCAUACACCCCAGCAUGGAGAUACCAUUGUUGAUCCCCAAAGAGAAGCCCCCCAUCACUGUGGUCGGUGAUGUAGGAGGACGCAUCGCCAUCAUCGUGGAUGACAUCAUCGACGACGUGGACAGUUUUGUUGCAGCAGCUGAGACGCUGAAGGAGAGAGGGGCCUACAAGAUCUACGUGAUGGCGACACAUGGCAUCCUGUCCUCGGACGCCCCCCGACUGAUCGAGGAGUCUGCCAUCGAUGAGGUGGUCGUGACCAACACGAUUCCCCACGAGCUGCAGAAACUUCAGUGUCCAAAAAUCAAAACGGUGGACAUCAGUAUGAUCCUGUCAGAAGCCAUUCGCCGCAUCCACAACGGGGAGUCCAUGUCCUACCUGUUCCGUAACAUAGGAGUGGACGACUAAACAACGCCCCUCUCUCUCUGUCUCUCUGUCUCUCUCUCUCACACACACACACACACCUGCCUUCACACACCUGUCCAGACUAAUGUCCAGCCACUUCAAAGAGCUGUAGAGCUAAGAAUGUACUAUUUUACUAAAACUUGAUCUUUCCCCUGAGUUGGUGCAGCUUUACAUAAAGAUGACUGAACACACACACACACACACACCAAAGUAGUUGUUUGAUAGUUAUGACUGAACACACCCCAGACCCAGUCCGACUGAGCCCCUCCCUGAGUCGUCACUCCACCGUCACUCUCUGGUAGACAUGUUAGUGAGGUCACCUGUUCUGAUGGUGUCAAAGUUCCAGCGUCGUCUCCAGAACCUCGUCCACGACUGAAACACAAAGAUGAUGUCAUCAGAGUCAAAGGUUCGAUUCAAACCUCUCUGCUGUUUUUAAAACUGGAAUCAUUACACCGACUCUUCUCACUCCAGGAUCGUGUGACUGAGAGUGAGACGUUUCACCCACAGACCAUCGUGUGCCAUCGUCCUGAUCCACGUUCUGUAUUUAUGUGUUAAUGCCACAACCCGGGCAGUUCCUGAACUGUUACCACAGCUUUACUCAUGGGUCAAUUGUCAAAAUUUGUUACAAUGCUAAACUUCAAACUGCAGCUUUUGUCAGAUUUGUUUGAAAAAUGUUUUGUAUUUAUUUUCACGACUUAUUCUGAAUAAAUGAAAUAUGAAAAUA